AAGGAAAGAAUGGGGAAGAAGAAGAGCGAGGAAGAACCAGGUGCGGUGCGGCGGCUGUGGAUGUGCGGAGAAAGGAAGAACCUGGUGCAGUGCGGCGCCGGCGGCUGUGGGGGUGUGAAGUUUUGAUUAGGGCAAAUAUUAUAAAUAAACUAAUAAAAUGUACAUUUAUAAUUAACAGAAGCCGCUUGGACAAAUCUAAAAUAAAUAAAUUAAUAACAAUAAUAAUAAUUUAGGUUUAGGGUUUAAGCUGGAGUUCCCUUUCGCAUCGUCGUCUUGAAACCACUGAACUGAAGCUCCAAUGGCGUCGCAUUGCAAAUUUGCUUCCCUAAUAAGCAGAAGGGUUGUCAGCUCUGUCCAGGUUGCACGCGGCAAAGCUGCAGUUCCAAAACCCGCAAUUGCCUCCGCCUUCCCUUCUUCAUACAGUAAAUGUCCUGUUACUACUUCAAGGUUCGCCUGUGUGGUGAUAAGUCUGGAAACAAUGCUUCCACUCCAUAGUGCAAUUGCAUCAUCUCGAUUGAAAUCCAAUAUCGCCAUGGAUACCACCUGUUGGAGUUGGCUUUCUCGAGAUUUUGCAGUUCCCCGGUGAAGAAAGAUCCGGACAACCUUGCAUUAGCCAGACUUGGCUUGAACCAAUCAAAGCUUGCAAGUUAUUUUAGCUAACACUUCCAUGGUUGGCACCCCCUUGCAUAUCAUAUUGUAAUUACGUGGUUCUACAUUAGAAACUUUCAUCCCUUUGGAAGAACUUGUAUUGGUGGUCAUCACUCAUUACCUCCAUCCAAGGAUGAGAGCAAUCUUAUCACAGAACCAAGAAACAUGGCUGAUGCCUAUUUCCAUACAAAUUGAACCAUUUUGUUCUAUUUCUCAGUACUGUCUAGUUAUGGAUUUCGAUUAUGUGCUCAGUAGCAACAUGCUAUUGAGCCAGUCCUUGCUAAUCUAUUAUUGCUUUUAGUAUAAAAUAACAAAAUGAAACAUGUAUG